UAAAAGGAACUGAGAAAAUAUUGGGGUAGUGAUUCGUGAAGCUGAGUGGAAACACUAAACUCUAUUGAAAGAAAGACAAAUAGUGUCAUGUUUUGUUAUAGCAGAAGGUUAUUUGACAUUUUUUUUUUUAAAUCAGACCAAUUGAUAUUUUAUGUCCAAAAAAUGGAUGGUCCGUACAAAUUUCUGGACCUGAAACCCUGAGUUUAUUAUUGAGAAGAAGUUGAACUGCCAACGAAAAAAGUGGCUCCGUGGCGGAGUACUCGAUGCUCUUGCUUAUUUUAUUUCUUGAAACAAUCCCAUUUUCAUCUCUCAAUCCUCGUAAUUCAUCGAAUUUUCGGAGAUUCAUCACCUUCCUAAUCUCUCCAGGUAACUUCCCCAACUCUCCGCCAUUUUAGAUUUCACUAGUCUCUUCCAAUUUAUGAACAUGGAAAUCCCUCUCUCAUGCUACCAAAACUAUCUUUAUGAUCGCGUUCAAUGUAACUCCACUUCCUACGUCUCUCUGCGUUUCUCAUAUUUUGACCUUUUUAGGGAGAGAUUUUUUCUUUGUAAUCGAAGAAAAUGCCGUAAUUCACUUCGUUGGAUCAAGUGCUCUUCCUUUGAACAAGGUCUACGCCCACGGCCCCAACCUAAACCUUCCAAACUUGAUCCGGGUGUUCAUAAAAUAACCCCUUUGAAGGAGACCCAUGUUAUGCAAUCCAGUGUUGGGAUCUGUAGUCAGAUAGAGAAGCUGGUUUUGUGUAAAAAGUAUCGAGAUGCACUCGAGAUGUUUGAAAUUUUUGAACUGGAAGGUGGUUUUCAUGCUGGUAACACUACGCUCGAUGCGUUGAUUAAUGCUUGUGUUGAGUUGAAAUCUAUAAGAGGAGUGAAGAAGUUGUGUAAUUACAUGGUUGAUAAUGGAUUUGAACCAGAUCAAUACAUGAGGAACAGGGUUCUACUUAUGCAUGUGAAAUGUGGGAUGAUGAUUGAUGCUUGUAGACUGUUUGAUCAAAUGCCUGAGAGGAAUGCGGUUUCGUGGAAUACUAUAAUUUCCGGGCAUGUAGACUCUGGAAAUUAUGUUGAAGCGUUUAGAUUGUUCAUUUUGAUGUGGGAAGAGUAUUAUGAUUGUGGGCCUCGUACCUUUGCUACAAUGAUACGAGCAUCGGCUGGUUUGGAACUUAUUUUUCCUGGUAGGCAAUUGCAUUCAUGUGCGAUAAAAGCAGAUCUAGGACAGGACAUUUUUGUUUCCUGUGCGCUGAUUGAUAUGUACAGCAAGUGUGGAAGCCUUGAAGAUGCUCAUUGUGUUUUUGAUGAGAUGCCCGAUAAGACAAUAGUUGGAUGGAAUUCAAUUAUAGCUGGUUACGCACUCCAUGGCUACAGUGAGGAAGCUCUGGAUCUAUACUAUGAGAUGCGUGACUCCGGUAUUAAGAUGGACCAUUUCACCUUUUCUAUAAUUAUAAGAAUAUGCUCGAGAUUGGCAUCGGUAGCAUGUGCUAAGCAAGCGCAUGCGAGUUUAGUUCGUAAUGGCUUUGGGUUAGAUGUAGUAGCUAAUACAGCCCUUGUGGAUUUCUAUAGCAAAUGGGGAAAAGUAGAUGAUGCUAGGCAUGUUUUUGACAGGAUGUCUUGUAGAAACAUAAUAUCAUGGAAUGCUUUGAUUGCUGGAUAUGGGAAUCAUGGUCGUGGGGUGGAAGCCAUCGAUAUGUUUGAGAAGAUGCUUCGGGAAGGCAAGAUACCAAACCAUGUGACAUUUCUUGCUGUUUUAUCUGCUUGUAGUAUUUCCGGUUUGUUUGAACGUGGAUGGGAAAUUUUUCAAUCAAUGACUAGAGAUCACAAGAUUAAACCGCGUGCUAUGCAUUACGCGUGCAUGAUUGAAUUGCUAGGUCGAGAAGGGCUGUUAGACGAAGCCUAUGCCCUUAUAAGGAAAGCUCCAUUUCAACCAACAGCAAAUAUGUGGGCUGCAUUGCUUAGAGCUUGUAGAGUUCAUGGAAACCUAGAACUUGGGAAGUUUGCUGCUGAGAAACUGUAUGGGAUGGAACCUGAGAAGCUUAGUAAUUAUAUUGUGCUUUUAAACAUAUAUAACAGUUCUGGUAAGUUAAAGGAAGCAGCUGAUGUUGUUCAGACAUUAAAAAGAAAGGGCUUAAGAAUGCUUCCAGCAUGCAGUUGGAUUGAAGUUAAUAACCAGCCUCAUGCAUUCCUGUCUGGGGAUAAACACCAUGUCCAAAUAGAAAAAGUAGUGGGAAAAGUGGAUGAGUUAAUGUUGAAGAUCUCAAAGCUUGGUUAUGUACCUGAAGAACAGAACUUUAUGCUUCCAGAUGUUGAUGAACAUGAAGAAAAGAUACAAAUGUACCACAGUGAGAAAUUGGCAAUAGCUUAUGGACUUCUAAACACUUUAGAGCAAACACCAUUGCAGAUUGUGCAAAGCCAUCGCAUUUGCAGUGACUGCCAUUUUGUGAUUAAACUGAUUGCUAUGAUAACCAAACGUGAAAUUGUGAUAAGAGAUGCUAGCAGAUUUCAUCAUUUCAGAGAUGGGAGUUGCUCUUGUGGAGACUAUUGGUGAUGCUGAAAAACGAGCACACAAUAUUUCUGAGGAUACUUCGCAGCAAGUCUUGGCUUUCAGCCGCAGUGUACAUGAAAAUCUGGAAGGGCUUGUGCAUUUGGGAGGCAAACCUCAAAGUACGGUACAAUUGUAAGCUUUCAAGGGAAAAGCUCAUGCUUCGAUACACUGAGAUUAGAAGUUUGAUAGUUAUAUGACGACUACAAUCUUACUUGAACAGAAUUUGUUCUAUAGGUUGUACAAUUGUGUCUUUGAAUUCCAAAUAGUUGUACAAUGGGUGGAAUAAUACAACCAACAAAUAGUUAUAUGAUGGCUAUGACCUUACUUGAAUAGGAUCUGUUUUAUAGGUUUUACAUCCGUGUCCUUGAGUUCCAAAUAGUUAUAUGAUGCAACUAAUAGUUGUCUGCAUAUUCUUCAAAUGUGGUAGUCCAAUUUUGAAUGCGUUGGAUAUGCAACGCUGGUUGUGGUAACAUAGCCUUUUAAGCACUUCUAUCACUAAACCUUAUGAAAUAUACAGAAAACAAAAAGAAAAGCUUCAUAGUCUUGCAAUGGAUGGAUACUUGAUUUUGUUUUUCGGUAGGUUCAUAGAAUCAAAAUUUUCUAAUUAACUUGAGGAUUAUGCCUCACUUCUCUUGAAGAAAGAGCCUCAAUAUUAGCCCUUAACUCUUUUGAAAUGUUGGAUAUGCUUUUAAAUAAGCAGAAUUUCUUUUUCCUUACUGCAAUGUUUGGAGUUCCUCAGUUGCUUUCUUCUAUCAGGUGCUUGGCCUGUUCUAAUUGAUGACUUCGUCGAGCACAUGUACAGGUUCAUUUUAGAGGUUUUUACAGAAGCAACAAGUUUGAAGUUAAAUGCGGUCAGAAUCUAAUAGUCUCAAAGUUAUGUUGUAAUUGUGGAGACUCAGAAUCACAGUCAGGAUUAAAGUUUUUCCCUGGUUUGAAGAGGAAAUUACCUGGGGACAUGCAAAUGGAUGGCAUUGUGUCUCUGUGUGAUCCUAGAGCCGGCGCCAUGGAGUUGAGUCCUGUUGCGAGCAUCAAGAAAAGUAGAUUUAUGGCUUGCAAGCCAGUAAACUUGGAGAUAAACUUACCAUCAUGUACUGCAGAUGAGAGCAUAGAGAUGGUUCAACAUAAUAGUACAGUAGGUUCCAAAUCUCCAUGAUCUGUUGAAGGUCGUCUGUCGAAAGGUUUUGCUGGACUUUUCUUGACACGUUUGUUCUUAAGAUUGGACCAAGAAAGGAAAGCAUCAUUCGCAUGAGCACGAGCGAUUUAUCCCUUGUGAUAUUUUUACAGGUUGUAUGAUCUACAAUGUGGUUAUAUCUUUCAUUUUUGUUGUGGUACAGCAUUUUUCAUCAGACGAGUCGAUGAUUUGGCAGCAAGAACAAAGGAUUGAUUAUGUUUCAAUUGAGGGAAGAGAAAUUAUUGAUUUGGCUUUACGUUGUAAUUAGUCUGUUUCAAUCCAAAGAACGAAUAAGAAUCUACAUAGGUUGUGUUUUAUUCUACUCUUCUUAUCAUUCUAUUUGGCUUUAAAUG